GCUCAGCAACAACAUUGGCGGCAGAGAAACGCCUCGAAGGGUCUGAAGAAGUUGUCCAGUCUUACAAACACAGCUGUCCAACCCACUGUUAUUCACCGGGUGAGCCAAAACUUGAAGCCACUUAUCCACGCUGUGUGACUGAGCAGGAGACCCAGGUGAAGGCUGUGAAAACCUCUUCCCGUUUCUCUAACCUUCGUAGCUGAACGGCUAGCUUGUUAGCUAACAGUGUGCUUAUUGGCUAAAAUGAACGGUUUCCAUAACAACUCGCUCAUCGAUGAAGACUGCUUCCUCUUCACUUCCGAAUCAGUCGGAGAGGGUCACCCGGAUAAGAUUUGUGACCAAAUCAGUGAUGCCGUGUUGGACGCCCACCUCAGACAAGACCCUGAUGCCAAAGUAGCAUGUGAGACUGUUGCUAAGACGGGGAUGAUCCUGCUGGCAGGAGAGAUCACCUCCAGGGCCCACGUUGACUACCAGAAGAUUGUGAGGGACACAAUCAAACACAUCGGCUAUGAUGACUCAUCCAAAGGUUUUGACUACAAGACCUGCAACGUGCUGGUGGCUUUGGAGCAGCAGUCCCCCGACAUUGCUCAAGGUGUUCACCUGGAUCGAAGGGAGGAGGAUGUGGGAGCCGGUGACCAGGGUCUGAUGUUUGGAUAUGCCACUGAUGAGACCGAGGAGUGUAUGCCGCUCACUAUUGUCUUGGCUCACAAUCUCAAUGCCAAGAUGGCGGAAUUGCGCCGAAAUGGUCGACUGCCGUGGCUCCGACCCGAUUCAAAGACUCAGGUGACCAUUCAGUACAGACAGGAUCAAGGAGCCAUGGUGCCGUUGCGUGUCCACACCAUUGUGGUCUCGGUGCAGCACGAUGAGGCGAUAUGUUUGGAUGAGAUGCGCAAGUGUCUCAAGGAGCUGGUGGUGAAAGCGGUGGUUCCCAGCUGUUACCUUGACAAUGAAACCGUAUAUCACCUGCAGCCCAGUGGACGUUUCGUCAUUGGAGGACCGCAGGGGGAUGCUGGUCUGACUGGGCGUAAGAUCAUUGUCGAUACUUAUGGUGGCUGGGGUGCUCAUGGAGGUGGAGCCUUUUCCGGAAAGGACUAUACGAAAGUUGAUCGCUCUGCUGCCUACGCUGCUCGCUGGGUGGCCAAAUCUCUGGUGAAGGCGGGGCUCUGCAGGCGCGUGUUGGUCCAGGUAUCCUAUGCUAUUGGCAUUGCCCAUCCACUCUCCAUCUCCAUCUUCCACUUUGGGACCUCCGAGAGGAGUGAGAAGGAGCUGCUGGAAAUUGUGAAGAAGAACUUUGACCUUCGUCCGGGAGUCAUAGUGAGGGAUCUUGACCUGAAGAGGCCAAUCUACCAGCGCACAGCAGCUUAUGGUCACUUUGGCCGUGACUUCUUUUCAUGGGAGGUGCCCAAGAUUUUGAAAUAUUGAAGCCCUCUUAUCUUUGAGCAGGGCUCUGGUGUACAACAGAUACAUCUGUCUGUCUACUUUCCACCUUUCUCCUCUCCCUGCUCACACAGCCACCUCACCACAGCCUCUACUGCAUGAAACAGUGCCCUUUCACAACAUGUUAGUUUGGCACACAUUUAUUCGAUAACAAAAGCUUUUCAGUUGCAGAUGAGUUGGUUAACUUGUGCGUGCAGAGCUGAGCAGUGCUGCCAUUUUUUUAUUCAUCUUUGUGACACUGCUAGUUAUGAGUGGAUUGAUUUAAUCUUUGCAGUAUAUAUUUAAUACCUAAUUAUAACAAAUUCCCAAAGCAAUCAUAUGGAUAUUAAGCUGUAUGGAUGGUAAUCUUCCGCUUUUUUCAGGCUGAAUUUGUUGAUAGGUGAUCAGUAGUUUGAUCAGUAGUUUGAAUCCUAUGUUGCUUUUUCUUUAAUUGCAACGUCUUAUUUCCCAUUUCACCAAACUUUGUUGGGUUGAUGGCAGUGUAGCAUUCCAAAAAUGUCUCCUCCGUUCCCCUCAUACCUUUACCAUCGGUUUUAUUUUGAUGGAACAAAGAUGGCGAAGCACUGGAGGGAGACCAUUUCUGCAAAACCUUUACUUGUUUGUGCUGUCCCUUCAGGCCAUUUUUUUCUGACGUUUUACAGAGAAGUCAGAAGCUGCUAUUGACCCCGUGGUUAUGUUGGGCUGCACGAUGAAAUCACUCCAUUUUUGUAUUUAUUUUGUCUGUUUGAAUGUUCCAUAUAUAAUGUUAAAUGUGUCCCGGUUCUACUGACAAAGAUUAAGGCACGAUGCAGUACUCUCCCCUCCUGUCACUCUGCGCCCCCCCCCCUCCUUUCCUGCCUGAGGCUGAAUCUGGGUGAAGCUACAGAGAAACUCAGCUCAGCGGCCUCAGCGCAGGGCCUCCCUUCAUCUCAUGACAUCCUUCUUUGAUUCGAAGAAUGGGAUCCGACUCAUUGUGGGACCUUACCGUUUGACCAGCAAGGAAGGACGCCUGAGUGACCUGUGCCACAAGCUUUUGUAUCUCUCGGCCGCAGUUGUUUGGUGUCCCCACUGCUCUCGCUGUGAAGCUGUUUUACGCAGAGAUGGUUAGUUACGGUCGGAUAAAGGUCCGGUGGGGAUAACCACUUGGUCAGGGCGCAGGAUCCGAAUGAAUCCGGUUAGCACGACGCAGUCGGGCCAAUCCUAGAAGCUAGAAUGCUGCGCAGACCAGGUCUUACUGGCAAGGGCAUUGGGAUUAAUGAAAAGGCCGCCCUGACUCCUUCGGUCUCACCUGCACACCGUGUGAAAGGUGGCUUGGCUUAGUAGAACGUGAAGAGUGCAGCCAGGGACAGACCAGCUCAAUGCAGUCGGCGUAGUGAAUGUAAGACCUCAUAGAACUCCUCAUCUUCUCCGCUGAGAUAUACUUUAGCACACAUGAGGACAUGGGACCAUUUAAAAGGAUUCACAGACCUAAUCGUAUAUAAUACUGUUUGCGGGUUAAUAAUCUUCCUCUGGAAUUGCUCGGCAUCAUUUGCUCACACAGUUGCCAAAGAUGCAGGGGCAUCUAUUUUGAUGAUGUUAAAUGUAUGAGUUACAAAAUUAAUGUUGGGCUUUUUUAAUUCAUUUUCUUUUUGAUGACGUAGUUUAAAAAAACAUACAUAGCAAUAUAGUGGAAGAGAUAAGCCUAAACCAGCUUAGCUUCAGGCUUGAGUUAUUAUUCAUCUUAAAAUCCUCAUGGUUGGAAUUAGUCUGAGCUGUGUGUGUCUGUAAAUGUCUCCAUUGUGUAGCUAGGUGGCACUGUGUCCUCGCAUAUAACACUGAAACUAAGAUUUCCUUUUUUCUACUCUUGACGACCCUGAUGUCUUUCAAGUUUGGCUCCUCUACACACAGUGUGGUGCAGAGAAGGUUCUGAUGGGAUCCGUUACAGGGGUACUGGCAUUAUUUUAAGUAAUAUGUGUCUGAGCGGUCAUCUGCCGAGAUGACUCGACCUCAACCAAGAUUUUUUUUUUUUUUAACAAUAUGUUUGAAUCCUCUUUUCUCAUCCACAAGGAGCCAAAUGAUUGGUUGGUGUUGUACAGAGAAACCAUCCUGUUUACCUGGUCUCCUGUGGGAGUGUCAAGAAGCUUUUAUUAGUUUGUUGAAUAUUUUUUUUGUUCUAUUUUUUUUGGUGUAGCUGCUGAAUGUGGAAAAAGUGCCUUUUCUCAUUUUCUGCAAUGCCUGUUUUCUUGCCCCGGAUAUGUAGCUCCGUACUUGUUGGGUCCUCCCCCAGCGUCUGAAUCUUCCCUCUUCAAUCAUUCGUACUGAGAUUUGUUGUUGCAUUUCUCUCUCAAACCCUUUUAAAAUAAACUGCACUCUUCUCUGUG